AUGGCAACACCACGGUCUUCCCAAGAUUCCUCCAGAGUUGACGGCAACCGAGGAAGCAGUUCUAGCCUGCAGGUCCAGACUGGUCGGCUGUCCGUCAAUCUACUAACUCACAGUGACUCACCUUCGACUCGCCAGUUGUCAGGUAAAAGUGGUCUCCCGACUUCCCUGCCUGCCAUCCCCUUACAAUUUCUCCCUACUAUUCCUCCUAACGCCAACACGCCACCUCCCGCUAUGUCAGGCGUGUCACCUCCCCCGCCAUCAAACCCUGCACCAGAUUUAAAGACGCUCUGGAAGAUCCAACGCCUGCAUGGUGGUCACUACCAGACGGACCUCAUUGCGUUGAUGGAGAUGGUUGCGGGUAACGUGCAGAUCAUUAGCGUCCUAUCAUUUGAGGCAUCGUUAAUGCUGAUUGCUGGAUUAUCAUCUGGUCUCAACAUUUCUGUUGCUGCGAUCGUUGUUGCUGUGGUUGUUGAUCCGGACUGGACCCAGGUUAAGAUGUCUGCGGUUUGGGGGGCUGUGGGCUGUAUUGCCCCACUGGUUUGGUGGUGCACAAUCUUGCUUGGGAUGGUUGUCUUGCUCCUCCUCGCAACACAAUGA